CUCAGUGGCUAUGCCACAGGGAAGUCUCCUGAAAAGGGCACAUCAGCUUUUGCUCAGUACAGGGAGAACAUUAGCAGGGAGGCAAAGUCUGUUCUCCGUGACAUCAGCAGUCCCUUCGUGGACAUUCUAUUGUCUCCUAGAGAGACCUUGGAAUCCCUGUGAUGUCACCAGUAUCGUUGUGACAACCAAUUCUCUACUUUUUCUCUGAGUGUCCAAAGGAUAUAUCCACAGGCAUGUUUGCCCGUCUUCGCAGGAGAUUUGGGAGAGUUGAUGUUGAUAGAGAAGAGUCUAGAUUGAAGCAAACGAAACCUAAAGAGGCCUGCAGACAGACGUCAUCCCCUGAAAAUGUCCAAAACAAGGUGCGGGCCAAUGAGGAAGAGGAGAGGCUGAAUAGAGAACUGGAGCUAACUACCAAGGAGAGAAAUGAGCUGACAGAUCGCCUCCUUUAUGUGACAGGUGGAUCCAUGAGCAAGAGCCCGUACUUCAGGCCAAAUCCAUUUUAUGAAAACUUGAAGAUAAAGGAGAAAGAGGUCAUGUCAUUACUGCACAACUUAGACACAAAGAACAUUGAACAUCGUGAGAAAUUUCAGGAGCUCAAGAAGGAGAUUAAAUUCUAUCGCAACCUGCACAGCCGGCUCCUGAUAGACCAGGCAUGUAUGAAGAAGAAGUUGGUCACAUUGAAGCAGGAGAGCAAGGAGGUACAGCGAUAUUUUUUGAGUUGAACCCGAAUGAUGAAGACGAACAGGAGAAGACCAGCAACCUCCAGACCCAGCAAAAUGUGGUAGGAACAAGCAGCUGAGUCAGAUUGACAAUGUCUGAUACCAUUUGCCUAUUGGAUACACCUUUGCUUCCCCUAUCACCUUUCUAAUCUCCCCACACCCAAUCAGUCACCCACCUCAUGUGAUAAAGUUAUUCAUUGCUCUGUCUAUGCACAAGUAUUCUGGGAUGUUAACCACUCCUCAGAAACUGAAUUAUGGGCAAUUAUACUUCUCUGCCCUUUUUGAAACUGCAGUCCAGAAAUGGUGACAGAGGAAUAACAUAUCACAUGACUGCAUCUCCCUAUCACAG